AUGUCAACUGUGGUGUCCACAAUCUGAGUUAUAAAAAGAAACGAAGUUAUUUUCCUUUACAUAGCCUGCUUUGUAUUCCUUUCUAGCAAUCCAAAGCAACUCCCAGAAAGAGCUCUGUCAUGUUUGCUUGUUCGCUCUGUGCGAGCAACUUUCAGCGUUAAGGGUGGACGUGAUAUUUCAAACAUCAGAUCAGUGCGUUUAUGUAUUGGGUGCCCGGAAAUUUUUCCAAAUAAACACAGCUUGAUUCGACUUGGGUGGGCAGACUUAUCAACAGACUAAUUCUAUAAACAAAUGAAGGAAUAACCGAGCACACCAUUGGCUGGUAGGCAGGGAACACGCGGGGAGAGAGAGGGAGAGACUCGAGGCUUUCGGCAAUGAAAAUGUAAUUAAUGUGGGUGGGCUGAGGGAACACAACGGGUGUUUAUCAUAGACAAUUUAUUUUCCAGCGCUAAGUCAACAUAAAACAGCAAAACGGACAACAAUUAUUUAACAUUUUAGACUCAUGAAGCGGACACACCGGUGGCGAUCUCCCCAGACUGAAACUGUCCUCCGAAGUCAUGAGUUUAUACCACAGCCCUGUGCCACAGUCCGGCGUGGCUGCCUCGGCUCUCACUUUAUCGAAUUCCUCCCUAAUCUAUGUUUACGGCGGUGAAGUUGGAGGCAUCAUUCCCGCUUUGGGAUUCGCGUCAAGCCGGCAGGAGCCUCCUCAGAAACCUCCUUACAGCUACAUCGCGCUCAUCGCAAUGGCAAUCAAGAACGCGCCGGACAAGCGCGCGACUUUGAGCGGGAUCUAUCAGUUCAUCAUGGACCGCUUCCCCUAUUAUCAUGACAACAAGCAGGGCUGGCAGAACUCGAUCCGCCACAACCUUUCGCUGAACGACUGCUUCAUCAAAGUGCCCAGAGAAAAAGGACGACCGGGGAAGGGCAGCUACUGGACGCUGGACACCAAAUGCCUGGACAUGUUCGAGAACGGAAACUACCGGCGACGGAAGAGAAAGUGCAGGACUCAGGAAACAGGAGAGAUUAGAUUUGGACAUAAGAGAACCCGAGCGACGACCCUGAACUCCAAACUUCAUCAAAGCGCCCAUUUGGAGAAAGAGUCACCGCUUAAGGACUCAGAAACAAACAAGCGGCAACACGAAAAACAUCCUGAAAGAGAUCUAAACAUCCAUGAGAAGUUUAACGGCACCCAACAACAAUAUAGCGAGGCUAAUGUGGCCACACACGCCUCUGACUCCACGAAAGACUGGUGUUUAGCACCCUCGACCACAGCGGGCUCUAACCCAAGAUGCCCGAGGCCAGAUCAGGCCAGCACAGUGUCUCUAAACAAUCUAAACGGCACAAACACUGCGCUUUUAAACGCGCGAGAGGCGCCGGUAUCCGUGAGUGACAUUGGAAGCGCGCAAACCGGAGACGCCAAAUCCAAAGAAACGAAUGCUCAGACACACCCUCGAAAAACAACAGACAAAUCGAAGGAGUUUAGCAUCGACAGUAUUCUGUCAAAAAAGGAGAACCAGUCCCAAAGAAGGUGCGGCGUUGCUGGAGGAGCGCAGGUCGCGUGUUUGGAGUCGCGCAGUUACGCGCUCACGUCGUCGCUGAUCACACACGCGCACCCACAGCUGUACCCGCGCGGAUUCCCGCUCUGUUCCUACCUGUCUCUCGCCUGUCCAGACAAAAUACUGAACUUCAGAGAGAAAACAGAUGAGAAAUUAUUCUUUUGACGAAUCCCAGUCCGUAGCAAAGCAAUUCAAUCAGCUAAUAAUUGUUAAUUGCAAACUAAAACAGAUCUAUACUUAAAAAGAUCUAUCAAGCGGUCAGGCUAAAUCUAUUAUUAUUAUUAUUAUUUCUAUUGUUAUUAUUGUUGUCGUUGUGGAAUUCAACAUGGGUGGCCACUCUAAAGAACACUAAUAACAUUAGUUAAUUCUAAUGAUGUUUAUUCUAUG